UUGAACCAAACAAGCCAUUUUCACAUGCGUACAAGCUCCGGACUGAGAGGCGGGGAUUAGGAGUGAGUACAGUUGCACAAAGAGACCCAAGUUCUUUAAAAAUACGCACCUCCUCGCAAUUCAUCCUUCCAUCAUGGCGAGCAAUCCUUUCGUCCAGCCGUUUUCAGAGGGACAGUGGAGCGAAGGAGAGGAGCCUGAGCUGGCGGACUGUAGUGUUGACAGCAGUCCGCAGGCGAGGGCGGCAGUUACUGGUGGGGAUGCAGCUGCUGCAGCCGAAAGCUGGCGAGCCGAGGUGGAGCAGCCGCUGGUUCCAGACUCCAGGGGACAGCCUGUUACCAAGGCAACUGCAUCCGCAGCUGGACAUCCUUUCCUGAAUCAGAAUCUAGCUGAUGAUAAAGAAGUUACAGAAGGAACGCAUGUUAGCUCAACAGGUUUUGAAGAGUAUAAUCCAGAGGUUUUCGCAGCAAGAGGAAUUCCAAGCUUUGAGUCUCAUUGUAUGAUCAGCUCAGAUUCAGGAAUAGAGAUGACACCUGGGGAUACUAUUGAUUUGGCCAAAACUUUGGUGGACCCCAUAGGGUCAGAGAAGGUAGAAGUCCAAAAUUAUAUUGACUUAUGCCAUUCUGGAGAAUCAAAAGCUCAGGAGUUAGCGGAGGCAUACUGGGAAGAGAAGACGAUGCCCUUUGUAGAUAACAUACGAGAUGACACAGAAGCUUCCCCCGAAAGUAUGAAAAAGUCAGUUGAGGAGGCAAAGUUAAUAGAAGAAAUAAGCCCAAGCCUGAGUCCUGAGGAACCAACGACGGCACCAUAUGUGGAAGAGCCUUCAGAUGAAGAUAUUUCAGAGAAAUGGGAAAUGGGGGACACCCAGCAGAGUAUUCGUAUGACUGCUACAUGCCCAGUGCCAGCCCAAGUUAUGCUCACUGAGAUAGAAACCAUAGUAGAUCCCAAUAGUGGGUGCAAAUCACAGCAUGAACAAGAGACUAAACCAAAGCAAGGAUCCGAUGUAGUACCAACUGUGACUGUAUCAGAGCCUGAUGACGACAGCCCAAUCUCUCAAACACCUACUCCCUCAAGUUCAGAAGAAUCUGAUUCGCAGAUUGAAGCUGCUUACCAUUUCCUGGAGGAGGAACAUCCCUCUACUUACAAGACUUCGGAACAAGCACAGCGCUUUUCUUCAAGUGCCACCGCUGAGAAGACGUCCAUAAGUGAUACUUUAACGAAACUAGAUGAGUCUGAGCAGAAUUUGCCUCAGCUACCGGCAACAACCUUAGACCUUGAUGCCAGCAGCGCCGAAUCUGGAGAUUCAGAAAUAGAGGUAGUGCCAGAUGAAUCGCUCUCUGUGGAAGAAGCUGAAGCUUGCAGUUAUAUGACAUUCAGGCAGGUUGGUGGAGCUCCACCUUCUGCUUCUUCAGUCCAGUACAGCAUUCUGAGGGAGGAACGUGAAGCUGAGCUUGACAGUGAGCUUAUCAUUGAUCCUUAUGACGCUUCAUCAGCAUCCGAAGAAAGUGUCCAAAGAGAACAAGACUCCCCUUUGAAAACUGAUAGCAUGGGGAGAGAAUCUGAUGAAAAAGUCUUAACAAUGGACGAUCAGCAAGAAUCAGAAUGUCAGCUGAGUCAAUCAGCUGAAUAUCCUGUAUCCUAUAGCUUUGAUGGUACAAAUGGGAAAGAUACAGCCACAACUGAACCAACCAACCCUCUGAAUUAUUCAGCAUCUUUCAUUACACCCGAGGUAGUGGUUGAAGAGCCAUAUCCUGAAGAGGUCUCUGAAGAAACAGCAAGAAAAGUAAGCGCUAGUAAAUCUUCAGAUGGAGCCAAGGCAAGAAAGGAUAUGGGGAUCAGCCCGCCCGUUACUUCUGAGCAGUUUCUGCUGGUACUAAAUAAGAAAACAGUUAUUGACCUGCUGUACUGGCAUGACAUCAAGCAGACAGGGAUUGUCUUUGGAAGUGUGCUCCUCCUCUUAUUUUCACUGACCCAGUUCAGUGUUGUGAGUGUGAUCGCCUACCUGGCACUUGCUGCACUCUCAGCCACAAUCAGCUUCAGAAUUUAUAAAUCAGUGUUACAGGCUGUGCAGAAGACCGAUGAAGGACAUCCUUUUAAAGCUUACUUGGAUUUGGAUACUACCCUCUCUGAAGAGCAGAUUCAAAAGUAUGCUGAUUCUGCGCUGGUGUACGUAAAUAGUACGGUCAAAGAACUGCGACGACUGUUUCUUGUGCAAGAUCUUGUGGAUUCUCUGAAAUUUGCAGUACUGAUGUGGCUGCUGACCUAUGUUGGAGCUAUCUUCAAUGGCUUGACUUUGAUGAUUAUGGCUGUUGUUUCUAUGUUUACCUUGCCUGUUGUAUAUGAGAAGUACCAGGCACAAAUUGACCAGUAUUUGGGACUGGUGAGGACUCAUGUUAACUCUGUAGUGGCAAAGAUUCAAGCCAAAAUCCCAGGUGCCAAACGAAAGACUGAGUAAGAGGAACAUGAAGAGAGACUGUGGGCACAUGAGAGGGUGCCUGAAGCAGAAGCAGUUCUGCAUUUGUCAAAUUAAUCAGACAUGUCUUGGAGAGUUGUUGUCCCAUUUGUCAGCACCAUGAUUUAAAAACAUGCAGCUCGAGAUGGUCCUUCUCCCAUGCUGUUUCCAAAUGAUUAGAAUAUCUGCAAUCACUUGUGUUGAUCACUAAGUAUAGUAAGGAAAAUCAAGUAACAAUAAUUGUAAUAGAUGUGUUUUUGUGUUGCUUCUAAACAAAUGCAUGACGUUAAGAGUCUUAAUUCUAUUUACCUUUCUAGUGUUUUCUGCUGCUAUGGCAGUGCUUAUAACUUUUAAUGUUAUUUGUGGCUAGGGCAUUUCUGCUUUAGUGCACUUCUGCAAUAGUCUAAUUGCUCCAAAGUCACUGAGUCAGUUUGGCUUUCUUGAGUAAAACAAUAGAACAGUGGAUCGAUGUUUUGGUGUUUAUCCAGCACAAAAAUUCUAAGGAUUCUGUACUGUAAUUGUGGCAUCUGGUUUUGUAAACUAAGGAAAUACAAAGCUCAUGUUUUUCGAACUAUUGUCAUACUAUUAAAGAAGUAUGGAAACAUGA